CGAUGAGUUCAUUAUUUACUCGAUUCGCGUCCAGUUUUCCGGUAGUCUGCGCCGUCCGUCGCCCGUCGCAAACGUUUACAACGAUAGCUGCACCAUAACAUCGCGGAUAUAGUUCGAGUGGCGCCGCGAUAUCGAUAAAUCGGCAAAAAAAAAAAACGUUUUUGUCUUUCUUUUUUUCGAUUCCAUUCCGUCGCAUUCUCGCACGAUGUCUGCCGUAAAGUUCGCCGCCGUGUUCGCUCUGGUGGCCGUGGUCGCGUCGGUGGCCGGUUCGCCAAUGUCGUCGUCCGCGCCUCAGCAGCCGUCUCCGCCGCCGCGUGACCAGCAGGACGGGAACAACGACGUGAACCUCCUGCAGCAGCCGCACCUCCAACCGCAACACGCCAAGCCGUCGUACGUGAUACGCGAGGAAGAGUUGAUCCGGAAGUUGAACGCCAAGUGCGGCGCCCGGGACGUGUCCAGCUGCGUCAUGUUGAAGUUGGUCACGUACAUGAACAAGCUGAUGAAGAAGAACAGCCUGGAGAUCAGCGACAUGAUGGAGAUCGCCAAGAAGGACGGACAGGCCGAGGAGACGGCCACCGCCGGCGAGUCGUCGGUCCGCGUGGACGGCUCGGCCAGGGCGUACACCGACGAGUCGGCGUUCGGCGAGGUGAUGGCCGACAAGAUGUGGAGGUACGUCCAGUCCCGGGCGCUCAAGAUCAAGGUGCUGCCCGAGGCCGACUUUGUCGUGUCCGCGUCCCCGGAACAAGACGGGUCACUCAACUUCGGAAUGUCGUUCAGGUCCGGCAAAGACUUGACCGAGUCCGGACGAGGUAAAAACAAGAACAUGGGACCUAUGAUGGCCGCUAUGAUGAUGAAAAUGGGAAUGCUCAAGGUCAUGGCUUUCAAGGUUCUCGCCCUGCUCGUAGGCAAAGCUUUGUUCGUCAGCAAGCUCGCCUUCUUGUUGGCCACCAUCAUCGGGCUGAAAAAAUUAUUCAGCCAACAAAAACACGUCACGUACGAGGUGGUAGCUCACCCGCACCACGAGUCCCACGGCAGUGACUCCUACAGCUCGGCCGGAUGGGGUCGUUCGUCGUCGGAGGCCGCGCACAACAUGGCUUACUCCGGACAGGGCCAGUAGACACAACUUCGUUGUUAUUAGGUAACUGCAAAAGACUUCACACGAUGAGCUCAAGUCCUGUGUUCUACUGCAGUAUCUAUGCCUGUUCGAACGUUUAGUCAGCACCGGCUCGUCCGCACACCCAGCGUUCAGUAUACUAUUGUACUGAACGUCUGUUAAUUUAUUUGAAAAAAAAAACAAGACAUUCACGUUAUUUAUUAUUUAUUAUUUAUAUUUUAUUUAUUGUGUUAAUUGUAAGAUAGGUAGUUUUUGAUAUCCAAUAUAAAAUAUUAUUAUGUAUUGAAAAAUGUUUAUAAAUUCGCAGUACCUAUUUAUCAAUCACCAUCUACCCGCGAUUGAAGAUAAAAUAAUAUAAUAUUCUACACACUGCA